UGGAAAGCGGCAGUAAACAGGCCCAGCCCACUCAGUGGCCAGCACCCCGAAUUUUUUUUUAAAGCUUCGUGCCGUCCUCUUGACAACAUCCUAUUCACCACCUUGCCUCACUCUCGUGUCUGCCCAAGAUGGAUGCCGCCACUGUACGAAGCUGCAUCGCCGCUACCCUUGAUGCCGAUGCCGAUGUUCGCAGGCGGGCUGAGCUCCAGCUCAAGCAAGCCGAAGGGCAUCCUGGCUUCACCGACGUCCUUCUCGAUAUCUUGCAGGCCGACCAAGACGUCAAUCUACAGCUCUCCACUGUCAUCUACCUAAAAAACCGCGUCAAUCGCGGCUGGCAACAGUCGGAACAGUAUCCCAACGAAUCCGUCAUCCCCGAAGAUGAGAAGGCCCGGUUUCGAGACCGCCUCCUACCCAUCUUGGCCUCCUCCCGGACCCUGGUCCGCCAGCAGCUCAUCCCCAUCCUCCAGAGGAUACUGCAUUUUGACUUCCCCGACCGGUGGCCCACCUUCCUCGACUUCACCGUCCAGCUCCUGAAUACGAAUGACCCGUCGUCAGUCCUCGCUGGUCUUCAAUGCCUCCUGGCCAUCUGCCGUUCAUACCGCUACAAGGCCAGCGAUGGGGACAGCCGAAAUCAUUUCGAUAAGAUCGCAGAGGCGUGCUUCCCCAGACUGCUCGAGGUAUGCAACGAGCUUGUCAAUCAAGAGAGCAAUGAGGCCGGAGAGAUGCUGCACAUCGCAUUGAAGUCGUACAAACACGCAACAUGGCUCGAGCUUCCGGAUUUCCUCCGCCAAGGCCCUACCAACAUUGCCUGGUGCACCAUUUUCCUGCAGACAGUGUCCAAAACGAUUCCCGCUUGUGCCAUGGUCGACGACCCUGCUGAGCGGGAGGCACAUCACUGGUGGAAGGCGAAGAAAUGGGCCUACUUCAACCUGAACCGUCUCUACAUAAGACAUGGGAACCCCCAGGCCAUAGAAAAGUCCAGCGAGGUCCAGAUGCGCUUUGCAACCGACUUCUCCGCACAGAUCGCCCCCGAGAUUCUGAAGCACUACCUCCAGGAGAUAGAGAAGUGGGUAGCAAAGACCGCCUGGUUGAGCAAGCCCUGCCUUUCCUACACGAUCGUCUUCUUGGACGAGUGUGUGCGGCCGAAGGACAUGUGGGCACACCUGAAGUCCAAUUUGACCAACCUGGUCACCCACUUCAUCUUCCCCGUGCUCUGUCUCUCUGAGGAAGACAUCGAGAAGUUUGAGGACGAGCCUGAAGAAUACCUACACCGGAAGCUCAACUUCUACGAGGAGGUGUCAGCCCCCGACGUGGCAGCGACCAACUUCCUCGUCUCCUUGACCAAGAACCGGAAGAAGCAGACCUUCGAGAUCCUCAAGUUCAUCAACGAGGUGGUCAACCAGUAUGAGCAGGCCCCAGACGACAAGAAGAACCACAUUGCAAAGGAGGGCGCCUUGCGCAUGAUUGGCACUCUUGCCCCAGUCAUCCUCGGCAAGAAGUCUCCUAUUGCUGACCAAGUCGAGUACUUCAUUGUCCGAUAUGUCUUCCCCGACUUCACAAGCCAGCAGGGCUUCCUACGCGCCCGGGCUUGUGAUACCGUCGAGAAGUUUGAGCUUUUGGACUUCAAGGAGCAGGGCAACCUUCUCACCAUCUACCGACACAUCCUCGACUGCAUGGCAGAUCCGGCUUUGCCAGUCCGUGUGACCGCCGCCCUCGCUCUCCAGCCCCUGAUCAGGCACGACGUCAUCAGGACAAGCAUGCAACAAAACAUCCCAACCAUCAUGCAACAACUCCUGAAGCUCGCCAACGAAGCCGACAUCGACGCUCUUGCAAACGUCAUGGAGGACUUUGUGGAGGUCUUCGCCGCCGAGCUCACUCCAUUUGCCGUGGCUCUCAGUGAGCAGCUGCGGGACACAUACUUGCGAAUUGUCCGAGAACUGCUGGAGAAGAGUGAGAAGCGAGAUGGGGAUGACGAAUACGGUGACUUCUUGGACGACAAGAGCAUAACCGCCCUCGGCGUCCUGCAGACCAUUGGCACCCUAAUCCUCACGCUCGAGAGCACCCCCGAUGUUCUCCUUCAUAUUGAAGGCGUUCUGAUGCCUGUGAUCCAAGUGACGUUGGAGAACAAACUAUACGAUUUGUACAAUGAGGUGUUCGAGAUCAUCGACAGCUGCACUUUCUCUGCCAAGUCCAUCUCCCCCACCAUGUGGCGGGCAUUCGAGCUUAUCCACGCAACCUUUAAGGCGGGUGCGGAGCUCUACCUUGAGGACAUGCUGCCAGCCUUGGACAACUUCGUCCAAUUUGGAGUGCCGCAUCUCAUCCAGAAGCCAGAAUACAUCGAGGCACUGUUCUCCAUGGUCUCCGAUAUGUUCACCGACGCUAAGGUCGGCGGUGUUGACAGGAUAUGCGCUUGCAAGCUCGCCGAGGCCAUGAUGCUGAGCCUGCCCGGCCACAUCGACAAUUGCGUGCACGGCUUUGUGAACAUGGCUAUGGGUGUGCUCAGCACUCAGGACGUCAAGGUCAAGUCGUACAAGAUCCACCUGAUGGAGAUGGUCAUCAACGCGAUUUACUACAACCCCGUCCUGACCCUCCAUAUCUUGGAGACCAAGGGUUGGACCAACAAAUUCUUCAGCCUGUGGUUCGGCAGCAUGGACUCGUUUACUCGGGUCCAUGACAAGAAGCUGUGUAUUGGCGCCAUCGUGUCACUUCUGGCAAUCAAUGCCGACCAAGUCCCUGCCAGCGUCUCCGUGGGCUGGCCUAGGCUACUCCAGGGUAUCACCGUCUUGUUUAGGACUCUGCCCGCCGCAUUGAAGAACCGCGAAGUGGCCUUGAAGGACGACUUCCAGUUUGACUCUGGCACGUACGGCUACGAUGACGAAGAUGACGAAUGGGGUGAUGACGAGGCCACCUGGACAGCUGGAGAUGAUGUCGAGGAGGAGGAGACAAGCGACGCCAAAGACGAAAGCACCGCCUACUUGGAGUUCCUUAACGAGGAGGCACAAAAGUUUGGCGCCGCCCAGGAAUCGGACGAUGAGCUAGGGGAGGAUAGCGUCCUCCUCGAGUCGCCCUUGGACAAGAUCGAGCCCUACCAGCUGUUCAGGGCUUCGCUGAUGAAAAUGCAACAAGAACAACCGCAGUUCUAUGCCUCGUUGGCCUCUCACCUGUCGGCAGAGGAGCAGAGCGUCAUCCAGGCCGUCUUUAACCAGGCCGAGGCCCAGUUGGUCAUGGCCCAGCAGCAACAAGCGGCCGCGGCCCAACAGGGUGCGACCCCUGGCGAGGCAAUGAACGGCGGUGCUAGUUAGAAUUUUCUCCGCAAUCGCCUCCGGCGUCACUUACAUCGUUGAGGAACCAUCUGGCGGAGCCGCAGAAGCCCCUCCACCUCCCUGGAGGCGCCUUACGUCCGAGUAGUCGUUUUCCUAGCCGAGAUAAAGAAGGAAUGUCCGGUUAGAUACAAGUGUA